AUGUUUCAUGUCUCUGGGGAAUCCUUCCCCGCCCACAAGGUCAUACUCGCUGCAAGGUCCCCGGUUUUCAAGGCCGAGUUCUUUGGAGGCAUGGAGGAAAGAAGCUCCGAUUCUGUCGAGAUCAAAGACAUGGAUGCUGCUGUGUUCAGGUCCAUGCUUCACUUCAUCUACACCGACAUGGCUCCGGAGCUUGAGGCGGCGGCGACCAUGGCUCAGCACCUACUGGCAGCUGCUGACAGGCUCAAGCAGAUAUGUGAAUGCAAGCUCUCUGGCGGCAUCGGCAUCGGCACAGCGGCUACGACGUUGGCUCUCGCCGAGCAGCACCACUGCUCGCUGCUCAAAGCCAAGUGUAUUGAGUUCAUCACCAAGUCUCCUGAAACUCUUGAUGCUGUCUUGGCAACCGAUGGCUAUGCGCAUCUGGUGGCAAGCUGCCCCUUGGUGCUGGCUGAGCUACUGAGGGCCGCGUGUGGAAGGAAGAUCUGA